UCCUUUCUCUCUCUUCCUCGUUUAUUUAUUUUCUCUCUCUAAGGGCACCUACUUUCUCUCUCAUCUCGAGCAUAAAAAGGGGGCCUCGGACUCAGUCACAGGAUUAUUGUAUCUUUUCUCCAUUCUCCCCAUUUUUUUUGGGGGGUUUUGGGGUUUCACCACUUUCGCUCUCUCUCUCUCUCUUCUUUCUCUCUCUACGAUGGCGAAAACAUCAAACCACCAAAGCACCAAUCCCACCAUUUCCACUCCCUAUAGUACCACUUCAACCACAACUACACAGAAGCUCAAGAGAACUCGAAAAAGCGUGCCAAGAGAUUCACCACCUCAGAGGAGCUCAGUUUAUCGAGGGGUCACAAGGCAUCGAUGGACAGGUCGUUAUGAAGCUCAUCUUUGGGAUAAGAACUGUUGGAAUGAGUCUCAGAACAAGAAAGGAAGACAAGUGUAUUUGGGUGCCUACGAUGACGAAGAAGCAGCAGCUCGAGCCUAUGACCUAGCAGCUCUGAAAUAUUGGGGUCAUGACACUAUUCUAAACUUUCCGCUUUCGACUUACACGGCAGAGCUCAAGGAAAUGGAAGGACUCUCCAAAGAAGAGUAUAUUGGAUCCUUGAGAAGGAAAAGCAGUGGAUUUUCUCGUGGGGUAUCCAAGUAUAGAGGCGUUGCUAGGCAUCAUCAUAACGGUAGAUGGGAAGCUCGAAUCGGAAGAGUAUUCGGCAACAAAUAUCUUUAUUUGGGAACUUAUGCUACUCAAGAAGAGGCCGCAACGGCCUAUGAUAUGGCGGCGAUCGAAUAUCGCGGUCUUAACGCCGUUACGAACUUCGAUCUCAGCCGUUACAUCAAAUGGCUCCGUCCCAAUAACAGCACUAAUGCUAAUCCUAACCCCGCUGCCGUUACGCACCCGAAACCCUCUCCGUUGGAUGACGUGUCAGCCUCUAGCCAGCCGUUAGGGGUAGGGUGUUUCGAGCAAAGCCACCAUGUGGGCCCACCAUCCUCGUCCGCAGCUCGAUCCAACGGCUCAGCUUCCUCAGCGCUCGGCCUGCUCUUACAGUCAUCCAAGUUCAAGGAGAUGCUAAAGAUGACGUCCGCGGCCGAUAUUUCGACGAAGUCGCCGGAAUCUGAACCUCUUUCGGCGAGCGCUUUUCCGGACGAUGUUCAGACUUACUUCGAGUGCGGCGGCGACUCAGGAGGAUUUGUCGGGGAUUUCGCGGAAACCGAGGGCAUGUUUGGGGAUUUGCACGCGUAUGGAUCAGGGUUUCUUUGCGAGACUAGCCUAUGAGGGAAGGGGUAUUUUAGUCUUUUUGCAGUUCCACCCUUUCUUGCUCCGUGGGCUCUUUCUCUGCCACUCGACGUUUUGGUCUUUUUACUUCCUCUCCCUUGGUUGGGCCGGGCCUUUUUGCGACUUCCUCUCUAUCUUUCCCUUUGUCCUUUUGUUGGCUUUUUAUCUUUCUCUCUCUUAAAUUGGCUUCUCUCUCUCUCUCUCUUAAAAUCCUUUUGUUGGGUUUUUCUCUCUCUUAAAGUGGCUUCUUUCUCUCUCUUAAAGAGGCCUCCCCUCUUGUUGGGUUUCUCUCUCUCUUUUAAAAUGGCCUCUCCUUUUGUUGAGUUUUUUUCUCUCUCUAAAAAGAGGGUUCAUUUCUAUUUUCCCUAUUGAGGUUGGGUCCUCUCCCUCUAACUCUCUCUCUCUUAUUGAGAUUUAUUUUUUUAUUGAUUAUUGUAUUGUGGAUACAGGAAGGGGAAAGUGGGGGCCCGUAAGGGAGAUGGGAGGGGUACAAACAUUUUGAUGAUUUUGAUUCAGUGUAGAUAUACCUAAUCAAACAUUCAUUCCCUGUUGCUUUUGAAUAAAUUUUUGGUGCAAAGAAAAAGCAUAAGAGGAAAUCUUCCUGGUCGUACAAUCGUAUAUAGUUUUCUAUGUCUCUGUGCCAUGAUACUUGCAUGUUUGUAAUUGUGGAAUAUUUGGAUUUGGGAUGACUGAGCUUCUCAACAGAUCAAAAUGGCUCCAAUUAUUAUAUGUUGUUGAGGGAUGAGAGGCCUAUUUAAUCUUUGAGCCCCUAUGGCAUUUACUCAUGGGAGUACAUUGUACAAGUAGACAAACUACUUUUG